AUGGAGAAGCUACAACUUAGCUUGAAACUCCUGUUUUUGGUACUUUCUCUUCUGUGCCAUGAUGGUAAAGCUUCUAUAUCAUCAAUUGGUGGGCUCAAAAUGGAGGAAUUGUUGCAAGAAGAGCCCUCUCAGAACUUCGCUUCCCCGAAAUUUGGAUCAGAUACGUCUUUCAGCCUUUCAUCAGCGUAUCUUUACUCCCAAAGCGGGCGCAAAGAAAAUGACAAGAUUCAAAGGCUGCCUGGACAGCCUGACGGAGUAGACUUCAACCAAUAUUCAGGAUAUGUUACUGUUGAUCCCAAUUCAGGACGAGCUUUGUUUUACUAUUUUGUCGAAUCACCAAGAAACUCUUCAUCUAAUCCACUUGUCCUGUGGCUCAAUGGAGGUCCCGGUUGUUCUUCUCUUGGAGCCGGAGCAUUGACGGAACUUGGGCCAUUUAGAGUUGAAAAAGGUGGCAAGAUUCUCUACAGAAAUCAAUAUGCAUGGAAUGCAGAUGCCAAUAUCAUAUUCUUGGAGUCUCCAGCUGGUGUUGGAUUUUCAUAUACAAAUACAACAUCAGAUUAUGAUUUCACUGGGGACGAAAGAACUGCAGUUGAUACGUAUACGUUUCUAGUCAAUUGGCUUGAGAGGUUCCCCGAGUACAAGACUAGGGACUUUUUUAUUGCAGGAGAAAGCUAUGCUGGCCAUUAUGUACCUCAGCUAGCUCAAGUGAUACUACAUGCAAACACUAAUACGAACCAUACUAAAAUCAAUCUAAAAGGAAUCGCUGUUGGCAAUGGGUUGAUUGACUACGAAUCCUACAGUAGGGGAUGGUUAGACUAUUAUUGGACUCAUGCCCUUAUAUCAGACGAAAUGUAUAUUGGACAUGAAUCCAACUGCAAUUUCUCGUCUCCUGCUCCUCCAUCUGAUAUAUGUCGCCAAUAUCAAGACCAAGUCACAAAUGCCACUAAGGACAUAUACUCUUACGACAUUUUUGCGCCCUUGUGCAAUUCCACCUCUUCAUCCACUCUGAUCUCAGUCUUUGAUCCCUGCUCGCUGGAUUAUGCUUUCGACUACUUAAACAACCCCGCAGUUCAGAUUGCUCUUCAUGUGGAUGCUGCCACUUUUCCUUAUCCCUGGGAACUGUGCAAUCUUACCAUGAAUGGUAGCUGGAAAGACCGACGUUUGCCUAUACUACCAAUUAUCACUGAGUUGAUGGAAUCUGGAAUUCCAGUUUGGAUUUACAGUGGUGACACGGAUGGUGCAGUGCCAGUAACGUCCUCAAGGUAUGCCAUCAAUAAACUUGGGAUAUCUGUGAAAACUCCCUGGUAUCCUUGGUACCUCCAGAAUGAGGUUGGCGGAUAUGUGGUUGAGUAUGAAAACUUGAUGUUCGUUACCAUAAGAGGAUCUGGACAUUUUGUUCCUAGUUACCAGCCAGCAAGAGCCCUUGCACUCUUCUCUUCAUUCUGUUACGGGAGUCAACCACUUUCUGAAUUCCUGACAGAGAAAUCGUUCAAAGGUGCGUUUCACGCUGAUUCUUUUAAUGCAUUGAGUCUAAGAUCUGAAUCUGAUGCAUCUGCCAAGGCUUUUGCUGUGCAUGUUAGCCCCCAAGAUGGACUCAAAGAGAAAGACAAAAUUGACAGAUUGCCCGGGCAACCUGAUGGAGUAGACUUCAACCAGUUUUCAGGCUAUGUUAAAGUAGACUGUGGAAGAGUUUUGUAUUAUUAUUUCGUUGAAUCCCCACAGGAUUCAUCUUCCAAACCCCUUCUCAUGUGGUUUGCCGGAGUGCCUGGUUGUUCUUCCUUUGGUGUUGGAGCAUGGACGGAAAUUGGGCCAUUUAGAGUCAACAAAGAUGGCAAAACUCUGUACCGUAACCCAUAUGCCUGGAAUAGCGAGGCCAAUCUCAUCUUUGUUGAGGCACCAGCUGGUGUUGGAUUUUCAUACUCAAACACGAGUGCAUAUUAUGAACGUAUUGGCGACACCCUCACUGCAUACGAUACAUAUACCUUCUUAGUCAACCGGCUCGAGAGGUUUCCAGAAUACAAGAAUAGAGACCUUUUUCUUGCAGGAGAAAGUUAUGCAGGCCAUUAUGCUACUCAACUUGCUCAGCUGAUACUCCGUCAAAAUAAAUAUUCAAAUCAGACUACUGCGAUCAACUUAAAGGGAGUUGCACAUGGCAAUUCGUACAUUGACCAUGAAUCAAGUUUCUACGGAUCAUUAGACUAUGCGUGGAGACAUGCCCUCAUAUCAGAUGAGAUAUAUAACGGAGUGAAUUCCAAUUGCAAUUUAUCUUUAGUCAUUCAAUCUGAUAGCUGCUCUGAAUAUCUGAAUUCCAAUUGCAAUGUCACUGAAGGCAUCAAUCCUUAUGAUAUCUAUGCAUCCUUGUGCAAUUCUACACCUGGAGCGGCUCCGUAUUCAUAUGUUGGCCUGUGCUCCACCGACUAUGUCUCGGAUUACAUGGAAAAUCCUGAAGUUCAGAUUGCUCUUCAUGCAAAUAUUUCCACCGUUCCUUAUCCGUGGAAAAUUUGCAACGGGGACACUGAUAGUGCUAUUCCUGUAACAUCUGCCAAAUAUGCUGUUAAUAAGCUGAAGUUAUCGGUGAAAACUGCUUGGUACCCAUGGUACCUUCAAAAUGAGGUCGGAGGCUACGUUGUUGAAUACCAGAACUUGACAUUCGUUACCGUCAGAGGGGCCGGACUUUUUGUUCCCGACCAUCAACCCGCAAGAGCCCUCGCUCUCUUCACUUCAUUCAUCAAUGCACAGUUGCCCCCUUCCACCUAG